AUGGACAGUACCCCAGUCAUGGACAGUACCUCCAGUCAUGGACAGUACCCCCAGUCAUGGACAGUAAUUUCAGUCAUGGACAUCCUAGUCAUGGACAGUACCCCAGUCAUGGACAGUACCCCUAAGGACAGUACCCCCAGUCAUGGACAGUACCCCCAUCAGUCAGGACAGUACCCCCAGUCAUGGACAGUGCCCCCAGUCAUGGACAGUACCCCCAGUCAUGGACAGUACCCCCCAGUCAUGGACAGUACCCCCAGUCAUGGACAGUACCCCCAGUCAUGGACAGUACCCCCAGUCAUGGACAGUGCCCCCAGUCAUGGACAGUACCCCCAGUCAUGGACAGUACCCCCAGUCAUGGACAGUACCCCCAGUCAUGGACAGUCCCAGUCAUGGACAGUACCCCCAGUCAUGGACAGUGCCCCCAGUCAUGGACAGUACCCCCAGUCAUGGACAGUGCCCCCAGUCAUGGACAGUCCCCCCAGUCAUGGACAGUACCCCGUCAUGGACAGUACCCCCAGUCAUGACAGUACCCCAGUCAUGGACAGUACCCCCAGUCAUGGACAGGACAGUACCCCCCAGUCAUGGACAGUACCCCCCAGUCAUGGACAGUACCCCCAGUCAUGGACAGUACCCCCAGUCAUGGACAGUACCCUCAUGGACAGUACCCCCAGUCAUGGACAGUACCCAGUCAUGGACAGUGCCUCACCUUGA